UCCACAAAAUUAUGAAUACCAAGCCUAACUCUAACCUAAUAAUAAAGUCCUAAAAUUGCUGGGCGUCUUGAAAAUCCUUCUUCCAACUGAUCCAAAGGAUAACCCUGUCGAUCUUUAUGAUUUGCAUGAAGCACAGUUACCCAAUAAUUGCUGCAAGUUUGCCGAACCAUCUUAUCGGAUUGGUAAUUGUUAUGUGUUCCGUAUUUUACAUGUGGAAAUCGGUUCGCAGAUCAUCCGUGUGUGCCCUGGCUUUGAACAAAGUUGUUAUUGAAAAUUGCACCAUUGAAAAAACAGAAACAUGUUGGUAGUAGACUCGUUUCCAUAAAUUGCGAUGCAUUUGCAAGCGGAGACUCCCAGAGGGAAGAAAUUUUGCGACUUCGCCUGUUCUAUGUGAACAUUUUUGUUAACGGGAUUAUCAGGUUUUCAAAAAUGGAGAAGGAAAGACACCCUGGUUUCUGUGUAUGUACGUUUCUGCUCAAUUAAGAUGGCGACUAAAGAGCAAAUCUGGCGGACCGUCACCACGAAGAGAUGUAGCUAUCGGUUAUGACCCUGAAAACAAACAAAUAUUAAUUUUUGGUGGGAGAGAUGAAUCAGGACCACGAGCUGAUACAUGGGCAUUUAACUUAUCUUCUCUGGCAUGGAAGGAACUAAAAACGAAAAAUGAUAUUAGUGGACGAUUUUCAGUAGUUUCGGGUGUAUGGAAUAAUGGUUUUUAUGUUUCUACUGGUCAGGCAGGAGCUUCCUUCUUUGAUGACAUUUGGCGUUUAGAUUUGUCAACAUUGGUUUGGAAGAAACUUUUAUCAAGAAACUCACCAGAAGAACGAUAUGGCUCUGCUGGGGGAUUCUUUCAACAUGGAAAUUCUAGUUUCUUCUAUUUAACUCAUGGCUUUGCAGACAUGCGAUACUCAAAUACGUUUAUGUAUGAUGUGUCAAAAGAGAAGGGAUGGACAGAAGUCUUUACAGGAACAAGCAGUUAUAACCCUAACUAUCCCCAUGCACGAUGUCUUCAUUCAGCUACAAUGUUGUCUGCACACAAGUUUAUCAUGUAUGGUGGAUGUCUAGGUGGUGGUGGCACAGGAGGUCCAUGUCCAUCAGAUGAUGCCUGGAUGUUUGAUGGUGAACAAGAUGAAUGGAAACGGUUGCCACAUUGUGCUUCACCUCGCAAAUAUUCAGCAAUGGCUUUAUUGCCUAUUGUUAAAGAUGCUAAUGGAAAUAAUAUUGUGAGAGCUGUUUUAUAUGGUGGUGGAGAGACUAGUAGUUCUGUUAUAACUGUAACAAAAGCCCCACCUAAUGAAAUUGUCAUUUAUAAUCCUGAGGCAGACAAAUGGACUAAAAAGACAAUUAAUGGAACUUCUCCUGGAAAAAGAGAUGGGCAUGCAAUGGUUACAAUUGAUAGUGGUAUCAUUAUGUUUGGUGGAAAAACAAGCAAUGGUCUUGAGAAUGAUAUCUGGUUACUGGAGGGGAAUGUAAAUGAUGUGAAGGAAACUGCUGAUGGUGAAGAAUGCAACCUGUUAUACUUCAGUUACAUUCAACUACAUGGCAUAUUUAUGUUCAUUGGAUGGGGUUUACUUCUUCAAUUAGGCAUGUUCUUUGCAAGAUAUUUUAGACAGAGAGAUCCGUGGUGGUUCAAGAUGCAUCGAGCUUUACAGGUAUCUGGUUUGAUUGUUUCAAUCUUUGGGUUUGCAUUUGCUGUCGUGUCUGUUCCGUUUUCCCAUUUCAUGUUUGCCCAUGGUGGAAUAGGGCUACUCAUCAUGAUAAUUGGUCUACUUCAGCCUCUCAAUGCGUUUUUCCGGCCUCAUAAGACUGAUCCUAAAACCUUGAAAAGAAUGAUUUGGGAGAUCUAUCACAUCAAUGCUGGACGAGUUGCCUUGAUUCUUGCUCUAAUCAAUAUAUCGCUUGGUGUGUUUCUUGCUGUGGUUCCUUACACUGCCUGGGUCGUUUGGUUUAUCAUGUUUGCUGUGUGGGUAGCAAUCCUUAUUGUCAUGGAAGUUCGUCUACAAUAUUCAAGGUACUCGUCAGGACAGGGAAAUAUGAUGGAAAUGACGAAUCAAUGAAGUCGUUUGCGAGGUCGUUUGGUGUGUCAUGGUUGUCGUCAGUGGUCAAUAUUAAACCUUUCUUAUAAUGUCUUUUCUAAUGACGUCAAACAAAGCGUUCACGAAGUUUGAUUAGCAUCUUUUGAUUAGCAGGAGCCGAUCAAACGUUGUUUAACAUCAGGCUUUCCGCGUCAAUUGGAGCAGGUCUAUAGUCAAUGGUCUAUACUCUAUACUUUGCAUGUUUAACCCUCAUUAUUUAUGUUCAUAUCAUAUAUACACACCACACGUAAAGCCCUGCAUAUAAUGCAAUGCCAAGGCUUUGCUAAUACAAGCCAGGCUUUUCUAUACGGUCUAGCCAUGCAAAUAAUUAUUUCUAUUGCACGGUUUCUUUCAUUAAAUUAUAAAUUAUUAUUAAUUAUUGUUUCAAAUAAUGAAUGUUUUCAUUCCUGCAAUGGUAAAAAUAUUUUCAUUUGGUGAAAGAUGGAAUGUUCCAUUUCACCUCAUGAAAAUAUUCUUACCAUUCCACGAAUGAAAAUAUUUAUCAUUAUCUUAGUAUAAUAUUCAUUGCAUAUAGAAAAUUUCAGUCUCAUUCGU